AUGACAGACGUGGACGUGAACGUGGACGUGGACGUUGACCUGGACGUGGACCUUGACGUGGACGUGGACGUGGUCGUGGACGUGGUCGUAGACGUGGACGUGGACGUGGUCCUUGACAUGGACGUGGACUUGGACGUGGACGUGGACGUGGACGUGGACUUGGACGUGGACGUGGACGUGGACAUGGUCGUGGACGUGGACGUGGACGUGAACGUGGUCCUGGACGUGGACGUGGACUUGGACGUGGACGUGGACGUGGACGUGGACCUGGAUGUGGACGUGGACGUAGACGUGGACUUGGACGUGGACGUGGACGUGGACGUGGUCGUGGACGUGGACGUGGACGUAGACGUGGACGUGGACGUCGACGUAGAGCUGGACGUGGACCUGGACGUGGAACUGGACGUGGACGUGGACGUCGACCUGGACGUGGACCUGGACGUGGACGUGGACGUGGACCUACGUGACGUGGACGUGGACGUGGUCGUGGACGUGGACGUGGACGUGGUCGUGGACGUGGACCUGGACGUGGACGAAGACGUGGACGUGGACGUGGUCGUGGACGUGGACGUGGACGUGGACGUGGACGUGGAGGACGUUGACGUGAACGUGGAGGACGUGGACGUGGACGUGGACCUGGAUGUGGACGUGGACGUGGACGUGGACGUGGACGUGGACGUGGUCGUGGACGUGGAAGUGGACGUGGACGUGGACGUGGACGUGGACCUGGACGUGGACGUGGACUUGGACGUGGACGUGGACGUGGACGUGGACGACGUGGACGUGGACCUGGACGUGGACGUGGACCUGGACCUGGACAUGGACGUGGACGUGGACGUAGAUGUGGACGUGGUCGUGGACGUGGACGUGGACCUGGACGUGGACGUGGACCUGGAGGUGGACGUGGACGUAGACAUGGACGUGGACGUGGACGUGGACGUGGACGUGGUCGUGGACGUGGACGUGGUCGUGGACGUGGACGUCGACGUGGACGUGGACGUCGACGUAGACCUAGACGUGGACCUGGACGUGGAACUGGACGUGGACGUGGACUUGGACGUGGACGUGGACGUGGACGUGGAAGUGGACGUGGGCGUGGUCGUUGACGUGGACGUGGACGUGGACGUGGUCGUGGACGUGGACGUUGACGUGGACGUGGUCGUGGACGUGGACGUGGACGUGGUAGUGGACGUGGUCGUUGACGUGGACGUGGACGUGGACGUGGAUGUGGACGUGGUCGUGGACGUGUAUCUGGACGUGGACGUGAAUGUGGACGUGGACGUGGACGUGGACGUGGACGUGGUCGUGGACGUGGACGUGGACGUGGACUUGGACGUGGACGUGGUCCUUGACAUGGACGUGGACUUGGACGUGGACGUGGACGUGGACGUGGAUUUCAACGUGGACGUGGACGUGGACAUGGUCGUGGACGUGGACGUGGACAUGGACGUGGUCUUGGACGUGGACGUAGACGUGGACUUGGACGUGGACGUGGACGUGGACGUGGCCUUGGAUGUGGACGUGGACGUGGACGUGGACUUGGACUUGGACGUGGACGUGGACGUGGUCGUGGACGUGGACGUGGACGUGGACGUGGUCGUGGACGUGGACGUGGUCGUGGACGUGGACGUGGACGUCGACGUAGAGCUGGACGUAGACCUGGACGUGGAAUUGGACGUGGACGUGGACGUGGACGUGGACGUGGACCUGGACGUGGACCUGGACCUGGAUGUGGACGUGGACGUGGACCUGGACCUGAACGUGGACGUGGACCUGGACGUGGACGUGGACCUGGACCUGAACGAGGACGUGGACCUGGACGUAGACGUGGACGUGGACGUCGACGUAGAGCUGGACGUGGACGUGGUCGUGGUCGUGGACGUGGACGUGGUCGUGGACGUGGACGUGGACGUGGUCGUGGACGUGGACGUGGACGUCGACGUGGACGUGGAGGACGUGGACGUGGACGUGGAGGACGUGGACGUGGACGUGGACCAGGAUGUGGACGUGGACGUGGCAAGGUCACGUGGACGUGGACGUGGAUGUGGACGUGGCAUGGACGUGGACGUGGAUGUGGACGUGGACGUGGACGUGGACGUGGUCGUAGACGUGGACGUGGACGUAGACGUGGACGUGGUCGUGGACAUGGACCUGGACCUGGACGUGGACUUGGACGUGGACUUGGACGUUGACGUGUACGUGGACGUGGUCGUGGACGUGGACGUGGACGUGGACUUGGACGUGGACUUGGACGUGGACGUGGACGUGGACGUGGACGUGGACGUGGUCUGGGACGUGGACGUGGACGUGGACCUGGAUGUGGACGUGGACGUGGACGUGGACGUGGAAGUGGACGUGGACGUGGUCGUGGACGUGGACGUAGACGUGGACGUGGACGUGGACGUGGACGUGGACCUGUACUUGGAUGUGGACUUGGACGUGGACUUGGACGUGGACGUGGACGUGGACGUGGUCGUGGACGUGGACGUGGACGUGGAUCUGGACCUGGACGUGGACGUGGACGUGGACGUGGAGGACGUGGAGGUGGACGUGGAGGACGUGGACGUGGACGUGGACCUGGACCUAGACGUGGACGUGGACGUGGACGUGGACGUAGACAUGGACGUGGAGGACGUGGAGGUGGACGUGGAGGACAUGGACGUGGACGUGGACGUGGACGUAAACCUGGACCUGGACGUGGACGUAGACGUGGACGUGGACGUGGACAAGGACUUGGACGUGGACGUGGACUUGGACGUGGACGUGGACGUGGAGGACGUGGACAUUGACGUGGAUGACGUGGACGUGGACGUGGACUUGGACGUGGACGUGGACGUGGAUGUGGACGUGGACGUGGAGGUGGUCGUGGACGUGGACGUGGACGUGGACGUAGACGUCGUCGUGGACGUGGACAUGGACGUGGACGUGGACGUCGAUGUGGAUGUGGACGUGGAAGUGGACGUGGUCGUGGACGUAGACGUGGACGUGGUCGUGGACGUGGACGUGGACGUGGACCUGGACGUGGACGUGGACUUGGACGUGGACGUGGACAUGGACGUGGUCGUGGACGUGGACGUGGACGUGGAUGUGGUCCGGGACGUGGACGUGGACGUGGACGUGGACUUGGACGUGGACGUGGACGUGGACGUGGACUUGGACGUGGACGUGGACGUGGACGUGGACGUGGACCUGGACCUGGACGUGGACGUGGACAUGGACGUGGACCUGGACGUGGACGUGGACAUGGACGUGGACCUGGACAUGGACCUGGACCUGGACGUGGACGUGGACGUGGACGCGGUCGUGGACGUGGACGUGGACCUGGACAUGGAGGACGUGGAUGUGGACGUGGAGGACGUGGACGUGGACGUGGACUUGGACGUGGACGUGGACGUGGACGUGGACUUGGACGUGGACGUGGACGUGGACUUGGUCGUGGACGUGGACAUGGACGUAGACGUGGACGUGGACGUGGACGUGAACGUGGUCCUGGACGUGGACGUGGACUUGGACGUGGACGUGGACGUGGACGUGGACCUGGAUGUGGACGUGGACGUGGACGUGGACUUGGACGUGGACGUGGACGUGGACGUGGACGUGGUCGUGGACGUGGACGUAGACGUGGACGUGGUCGUGGACGUGGACGUAGACGUGGACGUGGACCUGGACAUGGACGUGGACGUGGAUGUGGUCGUGGACGUGGACGUGGACGUGGACGUGGACGUGGACAUGGAGGACGUGGAUGUGGACGUGGAGGACGUGGACGUGGACUUGGACGUGGACGUGGACGUGGACGUGGACUUGGACGUGGACGUGGACGUGGACUUGGUCGUGGACGUGGACAUGGACGUAGACGUGGAUGUGGUCCGGGAUGUGGACGUGGACGUGGACUUGGACGUGGACGUGGACGUGGACGUGGACUUGGACGUGGACGUGGACGUAGACGUGGACGUGGACAUGGACGUGGACCUGGACAUGGACCUGGACCUGGACGUGGACGUGGACGUGGACGCGGUCGUGGACGUGGACGUGGACCUGGACAUGGAGGACAUGGAUGUGGACGUGGAGGACGUGGACGUGGACGUGGACUUGGACGUGGACGUGGACGUGGACUUGGUCGUGGACGUGGACAUGGACGUAGACGCGGACGUGGACGUGGACGUGAACGUGGUCCUGGACGUGGACGUGGACUUGGACGUGGACGUGGACAUGGACGUGGACCUGGAUGUGGACGUGGACGUGGACGUGGACUUGGACGUGGACGUGGACGUGGACGUGGUCGUGGACGUGGACGUGGACGUGGACGUGGUCGUGGACGUGGACGUGGACGUGGACGUGGUCGUGGACGUGGACGUGGACGUGGACGUGGACGUAGACGACGUUGACGUGAACGUGGAGGACGUGGACGUGGACGUGGACCUGGAUGUGGACGUGGACGUGGACGUGGACGUGGUCGUGGACGUGGAAGUGGACGUGGACGUGGACGUGGACGUGGACGUGGACCUGGACGUGGACGUGGACUUGGACGUGGACGUGGACGUGGACGUGGAGUGGAUACGUGGACGUGGUCGUAGACGUGGACGUGGACCUGGACGUGGACGUGGACCUGGAGGUGGACGUGGACGUAGACAUGGACGUGGACGUGGACGUGGACGUGGACGUGGUCGUGGACGUGGACGUGGUCGUGGACGUGACGUGGACGUGGACGUGGUCGUGGACGUGGACCUGGACGUGGACGUGGACGUGGACCUUGAAGUGGUCGUGGACGUGGUCGUGGACGUGGACGUGGACGUGGACGUGGACUUGGACGUGGACUUGGACGUGGACGUGAACGUGGACGUGGUCGUGGACGUGGAGGUGGACGUCGACGUGGACGUGGACGUCGACGUAGACCUAGACGUGGACCUGGACGUGGAACUGGACGUGGACGUGGACUUGGACGUGGACGUGGACGUGGACGUGGAAGUGGACGUGGACGUGGUCGUUGACGUGGACGUGGACGUGGACGUGGACGUUGACGUGGACGUGGUCGUGGACGUGGACGUGGAAGUGGUAGUGGACGUGGUCGUUGACGUGGACGUGGACGUGGACGUGGAUGUGGACGUGGUCGUGGACGUGUAUGUGGACGUGGACGUGAACGUGGACGUGGACGUGGACGUGGACGUGGACGUGGUCGUGGACGUGGACGUGGACGUGGACGUGGACUUGGACGUGGACGUGGUCCUUGACAUGGACGUGGACUUGGACGUGGACGUGGACGUGGACGUGGAUUUGAACGUGGACGUGGACGUGGACAUGGUCGUGGACGUGGACGUGGACGUGGUCCUGGACGUGGACGUGGACUUGGACGUGGACGUGGACCUGGAUGUGGACGUGUACGUGGACGUGGACUUGGACGUGGACGUGGACGUGGACGUGGACGUGGACGUGGUCGUGGACGUGGACGUCGACGUGGACGUCGACGUAGAGCUGGACGUGGAAUUGGACGUGGAAUUGGACGUGGACGUGAACGUGGACGUGGACCUGGACGUGGACCUGGACCUGGAUGUGGACGUGGACGUGGACCUGGACCUGAACGUGGACGUGGACCUGGACGUGGACGUGGACCUGGACCUGAACGAGGACGUGGACCUGGACGUAGACGUGGACGUGGACGUCGACGUAGAGCUGGACGUGGACGUGGACGUGGUCGUGGACAUGGACGUGGACGUGGUCGUGGACGUGGACGUGGACGUAGACGUCGUGGACGUGGACGUGGACGUGGUCGUGGACGUGGAAGUGGACGUGGACGUGGACGUGGACGUGGACGUGGACUUGGACGUGGACGUGGACGUGGACGUGGAUGUGGACGUGGACGUGGACAUGGACGUGGACGAGGACGUGGAGGAUGUGGACGUGGACGUGGAGGACGAGGACGUGGACUUGGAUGUGGACGUGGACGUGGACGUGGACGUGAACGUCGACAUGAACGUAGACGUGGACGUGGACGUGGUCGUGGAUGUGGACGUGGACGUGGAUCUGGACGUGGAAUUGGACGUGGAGGUGGACGUGGACGUGGACGUGGAGGACGUGGACGUGGACGUGGAGGUCGUGGACGUGGAAGUGGACGUGGACGUGGUCGUGGACGUGGACGUGGACGUGGUCGUGGACGUGGACGUGGUCGUGGACGUGGACGUGGACGUGGACGUGGUCGUGGACGUGGACGUGGACGUGGACGUGGUCGUGGACGUGGACGUGGACGUGGACGUAGACGACGUUGACGUGAACGUGGAGGACGUGGACGUGGACGUGGACCUGGAUGUGGACGUGGACGUGGACGUGGACGUGGUCGUGGACGUGGAAGUGGACGUGGACGUGGACGUGGACGUGGACGUGGACCUGGACGUGGACGUGGACUUGGACGUGGACGUGGACGUGGACGUGGAGUGGAUGUGGACGUGGACGUGGACGUGGACGUGGACGUGGAUACGUGGACGUGGUCGUGGACGUGGACGUGGACCUGGACGUGGACGUGGACCUGGAGGUGGACGUGGACGUAGACAUGGACGUGGACGUGGACGUGGACGUGGACGUGGUCGUGGACGUGGACGUGGUCGUGGACGUGACGUGGACGUGGACGUGGUCGUGGACGUGGACCUGGACGUGGACGUUGACGUGGACCUUGAAGUGGUCGUGGACGUGGUCGUGGACGUGGACGUGGACGUGGACGUGGACUUGGACGUGGACUUGGACGUGGACGUGAACGUGGACGUGGUCGUGGACGUGGAGGUGGACGUCGACGUGGACGUGGACGUCGACGUAGACCUAGACGUGGACCUGGACGUGGAACUGGACGUGGACGUGGACUUGGACGUGGACGUGGACGUGGACGUGGAAGUGGACGUGGACGUGGUCGUUGACGUGGACGUGGACGUGGACGUGGACGUUGACGUGGACGUGGUCGUGGACGUGGACGUGGACGUGGUAGUGGACGUGGUCGUUGACGUGGACGUGGACGUGGACGUGGAUGUGGACGUGGUCGUGGACGUGUAUGUGGACGUGGACGUGAACGUUAACGUGGACGUGGACGUGGACGUGGACGUGGUCGUGGACGUGGACGUGGACGUGGACUUGGACGUGGACGUGGUCCUUGACAUGGACGUGGACUUGGACGUGGACGUGGACGUGGACGUGGAUUUGAACGUGGACGUGGACGUGGACAUGGUCGUGGACGUGGACGUGGACGUGGUCCUGGACGUGGACGUGGACUUGGACGUGGACGUGGACGUGGACGUGGACCUGGAUGUGGACGUGGACGUGGACGUGGACUUGGACGUGGACGUGGACGUGGACGUGGACGUGGACGUGGACGUGGUCGUGGUCGUGGACGUGGACGUCGACGUGGACGUCGACGUAGAGCUGGACGUGGAAUUGGACGUGGAAUUGGACGUGGACGUGGACGUGGACGUGGACCUGGACGUGGACCUGGACCUGGAUGUGGACGUGGACGUGGACCUGGACCUGAACGUGGACGUGGACUUGGACGUGGACGUGGACCUGGACCUGAACGAGGACGUGGACCUGGACGUAGACGUGGACGUGGUCGUGGACAUGGACGUGGACGUGGUCGUGGACGUGGACGUGGACGUAGACGUCGUGGACGUGGACGUGGACGUGGUCGUGGACGUGGAAGUGGACGUGGACGUGGACGUGGACGUGGACGUGGACGUGGACUUGGACGUGGACGUGGACGUGGACGUGGAUGUGGACGUGGACGUGGACAUGGACGUGGACGAGGACGUGGAGGAUGUGGACGUGGACGUGGAGGACGAGGACGUGGACUUGGAUGUGGACGUGGACGUGGACGUGGACGUGGACGUGGACGUCGACAUGAACGUAGACGUGGACGUGGACGUGGUCGUGGAUGUGGACGUGGACGUGGAUCUGGACGUGGAAUUGGACGUGGAGGUGGACGUGGACGUGGACGUGGAGGACGUGGACGUGGACGUGGAGGUCGUGGACGUGGAAGUGGACGUGGACGUGGUCGUGGACGUGGACGUGGACGUGGUCGUGGACGUGGACGUGGUCGUGGACGUGGACGUGGACGUGGACCUGGACGUGGACGAGGACCUGGACGUGGACUUGGACGUGGACCUGGACGUGGACGUGGACGUGGACGUGGACGUGGACGUGGACGUGGAUGUGGACCUGGACGUGGACGUGGACCUGGACGUGGACGUGGUCGUGGACGUGGACGUGGACGUGGUCGUGGAUGUGGACGUGGACGUGGACGUGACGUGGACGUGGACGUGGACGUGGUCGUUGACGUGGACGUGGACGUGGACGUGGACGUUGACGUGGACGUGGUCGUGGACGUGGACGUGGUAG